CCGUGUUCGGGCGGGACAAGGAAGAACGCAUUGUGUCUUGAAAACACAGACCUGUCUGCGCCUUAAUGAUCAUAUCUUAUGUUCGCACGGUAAAACUUGAACCAAGGUGAUCAUCAUAAUGGCUGAAGGCGGACAUCUUCCGGAUCUAGACUUACACUUACUGGAGUGUCCAAUCUGUCUUGAGCGACUUCGACAACCAAAGUCCUUACCAUGUCUCCACUGCUUCUGUCAGGAGUGCCUGGGGACCUACAUCACCAAGGAGUUGUCUGGUAAGAUGGCGUCUGGGACAUCCUUUCCGUGUCCAAUUUGUAGAGGGAUGGCCACGCCUGUCAAUCAAGCGGAAACCAAGGAAAACUGGUCCAAACAGUUCCCAACUAAUGCUGUGAUCCAAGAACUGAUCAAACUUAAGGAACAGUCGUCUGGACCACUGUACUGUACACCUUGUCAAACAAAAGGAAAUCUGUCCAAUCCUGCAAAGUUCUGGUGCAAGAAAAUCGAAUCAGGUUUCUGUGAGAUUUGUAAAGUGGAUUACCACGAUGUUGUACAUAUUGGAUGUGAUAUAUUAGAUAUUACCAGGCACGACAGCAAUAGACCAAAACAGAACCCGACUUUUCCUCACUGUGACCAACACGACGAGAAUAUGGUUUGGUACUGUGAAGAUCACAAACUUCUUGGCAGUAACAUAUGCGUUUUAGAAGACCACAGACGUUGUGAAGCAGUCACAACAGCGACGAAAUACAUUCAGAAGCUAAAAGCAGGAUCGCAACUGACAGAUAUGCAGGCAGCACUACAGAAAAGUGCAGAGGUCAUGAACUCUUUAGUGAAGGACUUUGACGAACAGCUCCAAGUCAUGGUAAAGAACCAAGAAAUCGCUCUCCAGAGUAUUAAAGAUCUGCGCCAUAGGGUCGACAAACGGCUUGACGAGCUUCAAAAGAACUGCACAGACAUGUUGAUUGCAUUGUUCAAGGAAGAAAAGAGGAAAUUAGACGACUCCUUACGACAAUGCGAACGUCUAAAGAACAGUAUGCUAAAUACCCUGAAGUCGUCCAUUAAAGCUACAGAGGGAAACGAUAACACUGAAAUGAUAGUGUUGUAUCAGAGAGGACAGGCAGAAGUGGAGUCGUGUAAGGCCCUGGUUACGGAGAAAAGCGAAUCUUUUACGUCCGUCAAUAUUCAGCAUCAGACCGAACCAGGACUUGCAACCUUUGGUGAUGGCGCUAUGGGGAAUAUCGUCAUUGAGGAAUCACGACGACCUUUUCCUGAUGGUCUUGCUCAUCUACCACCAAUUUUGGGACGUCGCGUGAGAGAAGUACAACAGUUUGAUAUAAAAACUACAUCAGAUAAGAAGGAUUGUGAUGUAUUUGGCGCUGUGUACCUUCCGUAUAAUCAAAUAGUAGUAAGUGAUUACAACAACGCAAAGCUGAAGCUGUUUACAGAUAAAGGACAAUACCUGGAUGAGUUGACCAUUCAAGGAACUCCACAGGACAUGUGUUUUGUGAACGACAACACAGUGGCUGUGGCAGAUAGCAGCCCUGGUGGUGUCCAUGUCGUGAAUGUCGAAAACUCAAAAAUAUCACUUUCUUCCGUUAUCUGUUUGCCAGAUUAUAAAGACUGCCGUGGUUUAACCCAUAUCAACGGAAGAUUUGUCGUUUGUACAAACAAAGAAGAAGCAGAAGUGUACAGUGUGACACAGGACGGCACCGCUGAGCUGCUACAUCAAUAUAGUGGUAAGUGUUGUUUCCUGUCACAUGACCCAACAAAUGAAGACAUAAUGGUCAGCUGUUCCACUGACACUGAGGGGGAAGCUGUGCUGUCCAGACUGUCGACUGACAAACAUCUGAAGAGUGUGAUGAAAGUUGGUCUCGUGAGAAAGGCUGCUGGUGUUAACGUUGAUAGAGAGGGAAACAUCUACUUGUGUAGUAGAGAUUCAAACAACGUCGUGCAGAUGUCUGGGGACGGGACACACAUCAGGGAACUGCUGACGUCAUCUGACGGAAUAAGCAGCCCAUUUGCAAUAGCUGUGUGUGGUGACAUGUUUGUACUCACUGAGGAUAAUACUAACCACGUCCGCUUGUUUCAGCUCUAUUAAGCUAACUACAACUCAUCUCAAUUAUGUACAGAUCUAUUCACGUAUUAGUAAUUUUACAAAACUAUUCACGAUGAACCACUCUGUUAAGAACCAGAAGACCACUCUACCGCGUCAUCAAAAUCUGAUGAAGGGCUACCAAGUUUGUUCAAAUGAAUGACUUUUAUAUAUAUUCAA